AUGGAGCGCGGGGGCGGAGGCGGGGGGAGCCUCGAGCUCGCCGGCGGCGGCGGUGGAGGGGGGGCCGCCGGAAACGCGGAACUCUGCCUCCAAGAUCUCGUCACCAACAAUGCUAGUCUAUCCGUUCAACAUCAUCAGCACGCUGCAGCUGCAGCAUCCAUGGCUGGACUACAUGGUGAUCAUCUUCAAGGUAGCAUGCAUCAUCACGACAUUCAUGGUAAUUCCCAUCACGAUGCUACUACCACUAUGCUACACAAUUCUAGUCAUCAGUUGCAUCACGAACCGUUGGAGAAACUUAAACUAUGGGCGCAAAGCGAUUUUCGAGAUGAAACAAACGGCGGUUUGGCAAGGCUCGAUUCAACGGGUCACGGGGCACAUACACCGGGUGGAAGCAAUCCUGGUACACCUGGUGUCACUUCGACGAUGACACAGUCAGCAGGAUUUUCAACGGCUCAACCGAGAUCACGAACAAAUACCACGCACAGGCCGAACAUACAAAAAGGUAUUGGACUAACAGAAGUUAAACACGAGUUGGGUGCCGGUGGUGGUGUCGUAUCUCCCGAUGGUGUUGUUGGCGUUAACGACACGGAUGACAAGGAUGGUAAAAAGAACAAACGUCAAAGGCGACAGAGAACACACUUCACGUCUCAACAACUUCAGGAUUUGGAGGCCACGUUUAUGAGAAACCGAUAUCCGGAUAUGUCCAUGAGAGAAGAAAUUGCGUUGUGGACGCACUUGACGGAAGCUCGAGUCAGGGUAUGGUUUAAGAACAGGCGAGCAAAAUGGAGGAAAAAGGAAAGGAACGCUUUGAACGCGGCAGCUGCGGCCGCUGAUUUUGGGAAAUCGGGUUUCAGUACGGCCAGUUUGAAUGGAUUCAUCGGUCAACCCUUUCCGGAUCCGGACACGCUUUACAGUUCGUACAGCACGUACAACAAUUGGGCAGCUAAAGUACCGUCGCCCUUAAGCAGCAAAACGUUUCCAUGGGUGAACACGUUGAGUUCGGUGGUACCUACCGCUUCUCAUCAUCAUCAUCACGCCCAAGUCAGUCCGGUGAAUUGUUUCAACGCGUCUACCUCGGUGGCCGGAAGUCACGUGAGCGGUAUGUCGGUGUCCGUCGGUCAGGCCGCUACCUCGAUGUUACCUGGGAUGAGUUCGGGAUUGGGGGUCGCCGGUUCCCCGGUUGCAGCAUCUAGUGCAGCGUGCCCUUAUGCGGCCCCGGCAGCACCGCAUCAUCCCUACGGUCCGCCGGUUUACACGCCCCAUCAUAGAACGGCCGGGCCGCCGGAAACGUGCACGGUGAUGACGUCUAGCAGCAUCGCGUCGUUGCGAUUGAAGGCUAAACAACAUAGCAGCGGUUAUGGUGGUUCCACUGGUGGAUCAUUCGGAGGUGGUGGUACGAGCGGUGCGACUACCGGUAGCAUAAGUCCAGUUAGUUCAAGGGCGUCCUCGGUCGGUGGUAGUCUCAGUGCCUGUCAAUACGCUUUGACGAGCGGGGCCGGGGCGAACCCCCAUUCGCCAGGCGGGCCCGAGGCCCACGCGACCGCGAGGGCCCAGGUCUGAGGCGAAGCGGGGGCUACCUCUAGCCCCCAUCACCAUGGUGUACCUUCGAAUUCCGGCAAUGGCAUUGGCGGUGGUGGCAGCGCGGCUGCGGCCGCAGCUGCAGCCGCGGCUGCUGCCGUUGCGGCGGCCAAUCAAGUUGUCCUCACUGGUGUUAAUUCUCAACAACAGACUACUGACAAUCAGCUUAGGUCGCAGGAGUGACCCAGGCC